CGCCAGAAGUUCGAAAUACUACACCCUUCCUUGCCUUUAGCAAACGAGCAAAGAAGACCAAGCAAGAAGAAGGACUUCUCGACAUUGUAUUGCGACUGUUGUUUAGCAUGACGAGAAAAGGUUAAAAGACGCAAGGUAUUUGACCUUUUCCAUGCCUGAACUUCAGCUGUGCUCCACUUUUACCCUUGCCCUAUCACUAUCAUCGCCCGUGACAGCGAGAUCCCUCGCAGACUCAUUGACUGUCGUCUUCAAGAAGACGUUUUGUACCCUUGCCAAAAGCCUCCCAGCUGCACGUCAUCAUCUGAUCCAUUGAUCUUCAAUAGCCGAGAUGAAGUGGUCACAGCUGUCCGUCUCCUUCUUUCUCCUCAUCCACGGCGUAGCCUCGCUUCCCUCUCCUCCUCCAGCUUUGCUGCCUUUGUACGAGAGGAGCCAGUCAGGAUCUGGAUAUCAGGACCCCACGACGGCGGCAAUGGCAGAGGCGCAGGUGCCCACCACCAGUCGUGACAUCCAGGAUGUACAGAGUGCCAGGAGCACCGUACUCUCUGGGCUUUCGAUGAGAGCUCAUCACUCUCCAGACGAGCAGAUCAUGAAGCGAGCGGCCACUUCACCCAGACCUCUGGCCACCAAGGAUGUAGACGAUGUCAACACCCCUCUUGAAUCGCGAGCACUGAUGCGCCAUCCACCAGAGUGGAGGAACUCCGUGGGUGGUCUCGGCGUACUUGGUAUACUCCUCUCGGGAAUCGGCGGGAUCGCAACUUACAUGACUUGGCGUAGGCAGCGAGAGAGGAAGAAGAAGGAGGAAGAGGAGGCAAGAGCCAGAGCGCAGGCUCCGGGAGCGCAGCCACCUCACGCUAAGCCUGGUGCGAAGCGAGAUCUAGGUGGAAUGUCCAGGCUCGAAGUUCGAUGGGUUGAAUGAGGUGGAGAUGGAAACCCUCCUGUCUCCCUCCAAUAGUUGAUGUCUUGCGCAUUGCGCAUUGCGUCUAGCG